AGUAUUCUACGGGAUUCUGUUGGCAUACGUCGUGAUCCUCUACCGCCGUACUCCCCGUAUAUAAAGCGGACCGAAGAAAUAUCUUCCUCAUCAAUUUCGCCCCCCGAGAAAAAAAGCAGCCAUAAUAAAGAGCGUGAAGAAAAACUCAACCAGAACGGAGAAAUGGGACAAGCGUUGGGAUGCAUUCAGGUGGACCAGUCAACUGUAGCUAUCAAGGAAACUUUUGGCAAGUUUGAUGAUGUGCUAGAUCCUGGAUGCCACUGUUUGCCCUGGUGCUUGGGGAGCCAGGUGGCUGGUCACCUCUCUUUACGUGUACAGCAGCUGGAUGUCCGGUGCGAAACUAAGACAAAGGAUAAUGUCUUUGUCACUGUGGUUGCGUCCAUCCAAUAUCGAGCUCUGGCACAAAAGGCAUCUGAUGCUUUCUAUAGGCUCAGCAACACCAGGGCGCAGAUUCAAGCCUACGUCUUUGAUGUCAUUCGUGCAAGCGUUCCCAAGCUGGAACUUGAUUCGACAUUUGAACAGAAGAAUGAAAUAGCAAAAGCUGUAGAGGAGGAACUUGAGAAGGCUAUGUCAGCUUAUGGAUAUGAGAUUGUUCAGACUCUAAUUGUUGAUAUAGAACCAGAUGAGCAUGUGAAGCGAGCAAUGAAUGAGAUAAAUGCAGCUGCACGGUUGAGAGUGGCCGCAACUGAGAAAGCUGAGGCAGAGAAUUUGCAGAUCAAGCGAGCUGAGGGAGAUGCAGAGUCCAAAUACUUGGCUGGACUUGGGAUAGCGAGGCAGAGGCAGGCUAUUGUGGAUGGUCUGAGGGACAGUGUGCUGGCUUUCUCCGAGAAUGUUCCGGGAACUUCAUCAAAAGAUGUCAUGGAUAUGGUCCUGGUCACCCAAUACUUCGACACAAUGAAGGAAAUUGGUGCAUCUUCGAAAUCCAGCUCUGUUUUCAUCCCACAUGGUCCUGGCGCUGUGAGAGAUGUUGCGGUCCAGAUCAGGGAGGGUCUCCUACAGGCACAUGCGGCGCAGUGAGUCCGAGCACAUAUAGGGGGAUGUGUUUUCACUCGGUCAAUGCUAUGGUAAAUAAGUAUGAGAUUAUAUUGUUCUCUUUGUCCGUUGCCGUAUUUUUUUUACCUAUCCAAGUCAAAAAGAUUUGAACUGUCGAUCUGGUCAUAUUAUUUGAGGAGAAUGUAUUAUAUAAUUUCAAUAAUAUUACAAUAUCGGUGUAUAUACUAAGAAUGUUGUCUGGAGGCUUCUCUUAUGCUA